AUGGUGGAGGAGCGAUUCGUACGAGCUUACUCACAUUGGGUUACUGGUAUCAAUUUCACCAAGCGCAAGAGAACUUGGACUUCCGACACCGAAGAAGACGAAGAAAAUUACUCUAUUGCACUGCUAAAUCUGCUUCUCGGCCUUGGAUCGACCAGAUUUCAACGUCAACAAUAUACCGAUUUCCGCAAGUUAUGGAAUCAUGGAGAAUCUGAACGAAGGUGUGCCAGUGAUAAUCUUGGUGCUGAAUACUUGUGUCGUCUCUUCGGGUCACCACACCGAAGGCUAAGAAGCCAAAAGACCGCCGAUCCCAAGGCUCAAAUCAUAACUUUGUUGAUUUUUCUACGAUAA